AUGAGUUCUAACAAGCCUGCGCCUGGCAGAACCCUCUUGCCCCAAAUAGCUCCCCCGUCUCCCAAAAUAACUCUGACGCGCCCCACAUCCUCCCGGGGCGUCCCGCACGUGCCCCUCUCCCCCCCGCUAAUUCAGAAGAAGCCCCCCCACACCCCCCCUCUGCAGCCCGCAACACAGCUGCCAGGACCGCAGGCCACCCGCUCCCAGCCAAACAGAUCUCUCCUGCCAAUCAAGUCACCCCCAUCGCUCAUCCAAUCAGAGACGAGAGACAAGGACCACCUCUUGACGGUGUCCAAUCAGACAGACAGGAUCAGCCCCUCCCUCGAAGUGUGGAAUGAGAAAUGGCCAGUGGAGGGCCAGACUCUGCGGCUGAGCCCAACCCCAUCCAGCGAGAGGAAGGUCAGAUCGAUCUCCAUCUCAAACCCUGAACAGUGCCCCUCCGCUGACGAGACAGCGGACUCAGAACCUCUGAAUCAUGAUGCAGCCACUACUGGGAAGCAUGACUCAGCAGUUCCAUCCCAUAAUAGCAAUGUCAAAGCCUCCCCAGCGUCAUGGUCCAAGGAGAGAAAGAGACCCAGUUCCACCGUGGAGGUUGUCAAGGGGUCUCGUUCCGCUAGUCAAAUAAAACGAAAAUACCAGGACCCAGUCUUGCUUCAAGCCCGGCUUCGGUUGACCAAAACCGGGAAGGUGACAGACUCCAGCCCCAGGCUUCUGGGCAGAGGCCAGGAGAUGAGGGGAGAGCAGGCCGCAAAAAGUACUCCAAGGGACAGCGCCUUCACAGCAGUGGAGAGAGAUUCUCAAACAACAGCACGUGUCCAACAUGCAUCGCCAACGAGCGAGGCAACAUCCAUCCCCUGUGUGAGACCGACGAGGCCUCCACCGCCCACUACAAAGACCCAGAGAGCAUGGAGCAGCAGCAGCUCAAUGUCAGUCCAGACAAACAGGCAGGCACUGAGACCACCCAAAGCAAUACCCACCAUCUCACCAUCCCCCACCAAACACAGAAACACUACGGAAGAAUCCAGCUCUCAUGUGGACCCUGCAGCUGCAGCUGUGGGUUACGGUGGCCCUGGAGGCCCACAGGGCCCUGGAGGAGAGCAUCCUGACCAUCUGGGCCAUAUGCAGGGAGAGGGUACAUUUAGCUGCCUUCCAUGCAGAGUUUCGUCCUUCAGUCACGGCAGGGCCAGGCCUCAGCAUUGCAGCUCAGACUCAAAUCCAGGGCCACGACACCAUGAAAUGACCACAUCGUGUCAUGGCGGCCCACCAGAUUGGACCGCCCGGCUGGCCAGGAGCUUCCCUUUGAAGAGCGACGACAGGUCGAUGGAGGAAGCAGCUCAAUUAGGCAGCCUCCCGCCGCCCUCUGCCCAGAUCAAAGAGGGGGAAACGAGGGUCGACAGCCGGCCGACAUGCCUGGCACCAAGUCAGCCGUGGGAGACCUCGGCUCAGGCCGCGCAUCAGGCUGACAGACGGGUGGAGGAGGGGGGUGAUGAUCCCCAUCAAAACAGCUUCACAUGCUCUGAGGUGGAGUCCACACUGUGCCCUGUAGAUGAUGAGGAUGACGAUGACAGCGUAGGCGACCGCCACUCUGAGAGAGACAGGCGGUUUGCGACCCUGUGUGCGGAUGCAGCCGUUGUGGAGGGCCGCAGGGCUGACUGCCCUCACCCACAUCACAGAACAACAACACCCCGAGCGGGUCCACUGACAGCUGUCCAGCGGGGCACCAGCGAACGUGCCGCGAGCGCUCCAGAAUGUUCCGCCAGUGAAUGGGGGGCUCAGUGGCCGCUGUUGUCCACCGGCAGCCAACACCGGCCACAGCAACAACACCAACAACGCAAACACCAGAACCAACAGAACCGGGACCAGCACCUGCGGGGUCCGGUUCUGCUGACCCGACCUGGCAACAGGUCUCCCCAGUCAGCCAGACAGUCGUUUCGGCUGGUGGGCUCAGACGGCCCAGACACGGAUGUGACCAUGCCGGACCCCCCUCUAUCCGAGCCAUCUGUCUCCCUGGAGAUGAGAACGUGGCAGGAGGGGAAGGUGCUGGACUCGGGGGUGUGGGUGACUAUGGGUGAGUGAGUGAGUGAGUGAGUGGCAUGUAGUGUAUUUAGCUUGGAGGGAGGAGUAGAGGUUUUAAAUGUUCAAGACUUCACAGAGGUUAACUUACUGUGCCUUUCAUUUGUAUGUCUGAUAGUCUGACUACGUUGCCUAAAUGUAUUCCCUUAGCGGAAAA